AAAGUUAAUAAAAAGUUAAGAAAGGUUAAGAAAAGUUAAGAAAAGUAUGGAAAAGGGUAUUUUACAGGGAAAAAAGUUAUUAUUAGUGUUAUUUUGUAUUAUUUUUGCUGGGUUAAGCGGUGUUAAUACAAUAGAAACGGUAGAAAAAAUAGAAAGAGUAGAAAGAGGAGAACCCGAAUAUUAUGAAGAAUUAAAUGAAGGAAUUUCUAAAUAUUCUAAUGCUAAAAUGAUAAAACUUAUUGAUAUGCUUUCUGGAUUUACUAAAGAUGCGAACGAUAUUCAGAAAUGGGCAGAAGAAUAUUAUUCAUCUAUUUUUCAUGAUGAAGAGGUAGAUAUAAGGAUGGUAGCUAAAGAAUAUGUGGAAACGAAGCUUUCACUUCUUAAUGAAUGGAAAGUUAUUGAAAAAAAAUCGAUUCCUGAAUAUAAACUUCAUGUAAGAAAGGUUAAUGAUCCUAUUUUAGAUGUGGUUACACAGUAUUCUGGAUAUAUACAAUUUCAAAAGAGAUAUUUAUAUUAUUAUUUUCUUGAAUCAAGAUCGGAUCCCAUGAAAGAUCCUCUUAUAUUAUGGUUAAAUGGUGGACCGGGAUGUUCAUCGUUUUUUGGGAUGUUUUUUGCAUUGGGGCCAUCAAAAUAUGAUUUAGAAGAUGGUAGUAUUUAUUAUAAUCCAUGGUCAUGGAAUCAUCGUUCAUCAUUAAUUUUUCUGGAUCAACCGGCAGGCGCAGGAUUUUCAUAUAACGAAGACGAUAAAGAUAUAUCGUUGCUAGCAGAAUCAUCAUGGAAUUUUUAUAUAUUUAUGGUUUUAUUUUUUACAGCAUUUCCUCAAUACUCUCAUUUAGAUUUUCAUUUAGCUGGGGAAAGUUAUGCUGGUCAUUUUAUUCCAAUAUUUGCAGCAGAAAUAAUGGAAUAUAAACAUAAACCAUUAGACCUUUCAGAUAUUCCUGAAAAAAUAGAUAAGUUUCCAGAUAUCAAUCUUAAAACAGUUAUGAUAGGAAAUGGAUAUGUGGAUCCAUAUAAUCAAUUUGCAUAUUUUUAUUAUGUUGGAUGUAGUAAACUAUGGGGGGGAUUAUUACCUUCAAGUGUUUGUGAUACUAUGAGAGGUUAUGUGGAUAAAUGUCUUAAUUUCCUAGAAUUUUGUUUAGAUUAUAUGGAAUCUGAAUGUACAUGUUCAUCUUCUAUUAGAUAUUGCAAUAUUCAUCUUUUGGAACCAUUUAUAACUGCAGGAAUAGAUUUAUAUGAUCGUCGUCUCAAGUUUAGUACUGUAGAGAAUCAAUUUGCGAAUUUUAUUAAAUUUGUAAAUGAUAAAAAAGUUUUUUUUAAUGCUACAUCUAGAUAUUCUCUUUGUAAUUAUAAUAUAACGAUGGCUUUCUUGAAAAAAGGAGAACAAGCACAAUCAGUUGUUCCUUUUGUUAAAUCAUUACUUGAUGAUAAUAUUAAGGUGUUGGUUUUUGCCGGAGAUCAAGAUAUUAUUUGUAAUUGGUAUGGAGUUUCUUCAUGGGUUCAUGAAAUGAAAUGGAAUCAUACUGAAGAAUUUAAUAAUCAAAGCUUUAGACCAUGGUCUCUCAAAAGAAAAUUAGGAAAUAAAUUAAAAGGGACGAUUGCAGGACAAGUUAAACAUCAUUCCGGAUUAACAUUGCUUCGAGUACGUGAUGCAGGACAUUCUGUUGGUGAAACGCAACCAGAGUACAAUUUUGAAAUGUAUUUAAGAUGGUUAAGUGGUGAUUAUGCAUUUGAGAAUUAAUUUUAAUUACCAAAUAUUUAUUUAUACAAUUUUGAUAGUUAUUCU